GCUGCCGAGGAACGUGCCUCCAGUACGUAAGAGGUAGAGGGGUGGGGCUGCGCUUGACUGUCUGAGCGCAGAGUUCACGCUGUGUCCUAGCAGGCGCUGCUGUCACUGAACCUUGAAUUGAUGCGGCUCAGAAAACGGGAAGAAGUUGCAGGCAGCCCUGGAUUAGCGGAAUGGUGCUCCAUAACGUAAAAGCUCUGUGACCAGAAGACGCCAGCCAGUUGGUGGGCACGUUUGGUCCUUUUUCUGGUGAAGGCUGUUAUCAGCAUGCACUUACUCAGGACAUUGCUGCGGAGAUCAAAUACAUCCAAUAUAGCCCUUCUUACCUUUUGGGAAUCUCCACUACAAAAGUGGCCUGUUUCACUGAGCUUCGGAUGUCACAUCUCUGUUUUGCCGACACAACAAAAGAAAUGGCUUCAUUCACAGUCCAAACAACAAGACUCUUCUACAAAACCGCCAGUUCACGAUUCACCCGCAGGGAUUCAGCAUCAAAGUGAUGAAACUUCCCCCUCUACAGACACGUCCAGCUUCAAUGAAGCAGAUCCAUUGCAAGACAAAUCAAUUGGCCUUAUAAAGCGAUUUAAAAAAACUUUUAAACAGCACGGGAAAGUUCUGAUUCCAGUUCACCUGGUGACCUCUAGCAUCUGGUUUGGGUCUUUUUACUAUGCAGCCAUGAAGGGAGUUAAUGUGGUUCCUUUCCUGGAAUUUGUCGGCUUGCCAGAUGGAAUAGUUAACAUUCUGAAGAAUUCUCAGGGUGGGAAUGCACUUACAGCUUAUGCACUGUAUAAGAUUGCCACUCCGGCCCGAUAUACUGUAACCCUCGGUGGAACAUCCUUAAGUGUUAAAUAUCUCCGCAAGUAUGGUUACUUGUCCACUCCUCCGCUGGUGAAGGAUUAUUUCCAAGAUAGAAUGGAGGAGACAAAGGAACUCUUCACAGAGAAAAUGGAAGAAACCAGGGACAAAAUAAGUGGCAAAAUGGAAGAGACAAAAGACAGGUUUUCUGAGAAACUGCAAGAAACCAAAGACAGAGUCAAUUUUAGAAAGAAAAAAAAUGAAGAAAUGUAACGAUUCUUCAGUUGCUUGUAUUAAUAACCUUUAUAGAAAAAGUGUUUUCACUUAUUCAGAAACCAGGGUACUACAGAUGCCAUUGCAUAUUUAUAAAUCCACAGAGAGGUGUCAUUCAUUUAUAAAUAUGUCUUCAGGUAUAGAAACUACAUAGAGCUCAGCAGAUCUGAAGACAAAAAGCCAACGCAAACCACUUCCAUAGCUUCAACAAUUGAUCUAUUGGUUUCAGCAUCUAAAGCUAAAAUGUAUACAGUAGGUGUCAAUGCAGUGUAAAUGUCGAGUAAGUGUUAGAUUGGUUUCCUUGCUACCUAAUCUAGAACUUUCCUCCAAAAGAAGUGAGGUAAACAUUCUCCGCUCAAAGCCUUAUACAACUUGUGGGCAUCCUGUGUGCUAAAAAAGUCUCCAUUUACACAAACUUUUGUGUGUGUUUUUGUUUUCACAUGCAGAUUUUAUUCCAAAUGUACUAAUAGGCUGUUUGUUUCUCCUGCAGCUGUGUUGAACUUACAGCCCAGUUUUUGUUCCCAUAAACAUUUUUAUGAAUGAGUUCAGCAGCAGAAGUCCAUGAUGAUGUGACAUCUGUUUAAAUGAGUUCAGUAAUGUGCCAUAAUAAACAACAUUAUGAGGCUUGCUCCUAACAUAUUGUACAUUAUGUGAAUUUGAAUGAACAAAUUGAUCCAAAUACAGGUAUGAGAUCUAUUAUCUGGAAUUCUUAGGACCUUGGUUUUUUUUUAGUACUUUGGAUAAGAUUUUCACAAUGUAAAGCACCAUGUCUUAAAGGCUAUUAAAAGCCUACUAAAAAAAUCUUUAUACAUUAAAAAAAUAGUUAUUUUGGG